UCUCCUCCACGGUCCAAGGCAACAUCCGAACGGCCUACCACCGACGACACGAUUUCUCCCCGGACUUGUUUGACGAUUUGCCCGACGUGUGUUGGUGAUAAUGAGUGAUUGAGUUUUACCGGUUUUUUUUUUGUUUUUGGAUAAUUUUCCGAGUGGCGUCGAAACAUGAACAAUGAGAAUUUAGACACGAUCCACGUGACAGCGCCCAGUAUAAUCAACAAGCCGUCGCAAACGAUGCCGCAACGGUCGCCUUUCGCCAUACAGGAGCUGUUGGGGCUGUCCGACAGCCACCACAGGUCGCCGACGGCGGCAGUGUCGGCGAUCACGCCGAACAUGUACCCCCAGCGACACAUGCAAGGGCCUACUUGCUUCCCGACGGACCACGGCUUCAACCACCACCACAUGACGAUGGCGGCGAGUCGAAUGGCCUACUUCAACGCCCACGCUGCGGUCGCCGCAGCGUUUCUGCCGCACAACAUCGCGGCAGCGGCCGGUAUGAACGCCGGUGCCGGCGGACACAAUCCUGCGGCCGUUUUGGGCCUGGCGGGGCAUCAGAACAAUCCUGCUGGUAAAUUUUUUCAUUAAUGUCAAAACACCACCAAGGGUUUCACCCAGCUCAAGAACUCCUUCAGUUCCUCCGGACCAGGACCUUGCUUACCAGGUCAGUUAGAUAGUUCCAAAGAAUUCACGAUAGGAGAUGGUUUAGGUUUAAAUAAAAAGAAGAAGAAGAAGCGGCGUCAUAGGACGAUCUUCACCAGCUACCAGCUGGAGGAACUGGAGAAGGCGUUCAAAGAUGCCCAUUAUCCAGACGUUUACGCCAGAGAGAUGCUCAGUCUGAAGACGGACUUGCCGGAAGAUAGGAUACAGGUUUGGUUCCAGAACAGGAGGGCGAAAUGGAGAAAAACAGAGAAAUGCUGGGGCAGGAGUACAAUAAUGGCAGAAUAUGGACUGUAUGGUGCAAUGGUACGACACUCCCUCCCUCUACCGGACACGAUACUGAAGAGUGCUAAAGAGAACGAAUGUGUGGCUCCAUGGCUGUUAGGAAUGCACCGGAAGUCCCUGGAGGCCGCCCAACACCUGAAGGAAGACUGUAACACGGCAACCAGCAGCGAUCACGAAGAAUCCGCCUCCAUGAGGACCGAAGCCAGCGAUACCAGCGUCACCUCCGGCCAGCAGCCAAACCAACCCCCCUUGGGCUCUUCCCACGCUCCCUCCGGCGGCACGGACAAGGAGCAGAAGCCAGUCGGUGGCUUCGCCGAAGACCCGGAGGCCUUCCGCAACAACUCCAUAGCCUGCCUCCGGGCAAAAGCUCAGGAGCACAGCGCCAAGCUGCUGGGUCACAACCUGCUGAUGCACCAGGUGAGUCAACAGGCGACGAGCAACGGCUGCGACGCCAACGCCAACAACCUGGUGCAGCACCAGGAGGCGGCGAUGCAACAGGAGUCGGCGGCCAUCUUCUGACAGAAGGAUCAUCUGGUCAAGUUAGAAUAGUUAUUUUUGUGAUCGCGAUAGGCUUCUGAAGGGUUAGAGGGGUGUGGUGUCGGCAGGGGAGCGAUGGAAUUCGUGACCUUGAGAACCAGGUGGUAUGUAAGCAAAAAUUUAUAAAGGAACUCGCUUCAGCGAAGUGAAAAUUCAACCAUAAAAUAAUCGAAGAAACUUCGUUGUGUUUAUUAACAGCCUUCAACUGGCUGAUUUUCCAUUGAAACCUAAAGACAAUUGUGAAAUUUUAGGAAGUUAUAUAAAUUUCCACAGUUUUUCCAUCAAAAUAUUGUUUCAAUCAAAUUUCGUUGCCAAUGAAGUGACGGAAAUGUUUUAAACAGUUCAUAAAAUAACAAUUGUUUCGCCAUACUGUGACUUCAUCAGAUCUUUUUCAACUGAUACUGGAUAUAAAUCGGGUCUAAGAUAGGCUACAGUUGAAGUUGGAGGAAGUGAUAAGAGUCAUAAUAAAAAGUGGGAGCUUUUUCUAUCGGAUAAAAUAGAUAGAGGAAUUUUACGAAAACAAACGAGACUGAUAAAAGACGACAACGAAACUGCAUUGUUUUUAUUUAGUAUCGUUUGUUGGAGUCAAAUUGGUAAAGGGAAAUCUAAUUCGAGUAGAAAAAAUUAAAAUUUAUCUAUUUUCAAAAAAAUAUUGAUUGAUUUUUAGCUUGAUAAAUUCAAGGAACCAAAACGAUUGUGACAAUAUGUUGUGUUGCUUAGUAACGAAAUAUGUACAAAAAAAUACGAAGCCAAAAGGCGUAGAUUUUUUAAGGAUAAUUUUUCAAUAAUGCUAGGUAUAGCAAAUGGCACUAACAAAUAACUUCUGAUUGAAUAGAGUGUAAUUUCAGCAGUAGGUAACUCAUCACUUAUUUUUGAGUUGAAGAGGUUUUUUAUCGUGAGUUAUAUCAUAACGGCAUCCUUUUUUCCGAAAAA